UAUCGCAGGCGAAGGCGAAGGCGAAGGAUUCGGGCUCAGCUCCUCCGCCUCCGCCGAUCUCUCGCCGGAGGUGAGGCCUCCUCCUCCGCCGUCUAUCUGUAUCUCUGUCUGUAGCUCAGCGUCGGGCCCGGUUCAAUCCACAGCUCCCCCGGGGUCAUCUGCGCUCGGCUCGAUGUGUCAGCCCUAGGAGAGGAGAAGCUUUCUUUUUUUGGAAAAUCGAGUCAACAAAAGGUCUUGCCAAUUAACACAGUGAAGGAUAAUUCUGGCUUGAGUGUUUGUAAAUGGAGAGAAUAAGCACCAAUCAGCUCUACAAUUCUGGAAUUCCGGUGACUGUGCCAUCGCCUCUGCCUGCUAUACCAGCUACCCUGGAUGAAAACAUUCCCAGGAUUCCAGAUGGGCAGAAUGUUCCGCGGGAGAGAGAAUUGAGAAGCACACCUAUGCCACCUCAUCAGAAUCAGAGUACUGUUGCUCCUCUUCAUGGGCAUUUUCAGUCCAGUACCGGGUCUGUUGGGCCUCUGCGUUCGUCCCAGGCGAUAAGGUUCUCUUCAGUUUCAAGCAAUGAGCAAUAUACAAAUGCCAAUCCUUACAAUUCUCAACCGCCGAGUAGUGGGAGUUCUUCAACGCUCAAUUAUGGAUCACAAUAUGGAGGCUUUGAACCUUCCUUGACUGAUUUUCCAAGAGAUGCUGGGCCGACGUGGUGUCCUGAUCCAGUUGAUGGCUUGCUUGGAUAUACAGAUGAUGUCCCUGCUGGGAACAAUUUGACUGAAAACAGUUCUAUUGCAGCUGGUGAUGAACUUGCCAAGCAAAGUGAAUGGUGGAAUGAUUUUAUGAAUUAUGACUGGAAAGAUAUUGAUAACACAGCUUGUACUGAAACUCAACCACAGGUUGGACCAGCUGCGCAAUCAUCUGUCGCAGUUCACCAAUCAGCUGCCCAACAAUCAGUUUCAUCUCAAUCAGGAGAACCUUCUGCAGUUGCUAUACCCUCGCCCUCUGGUGCCUCCAAUACCUCCAACUCCAAGACACGAAUGAGAUGGACUCCUGAACUUCAUGAGCGCUUUGUAGAUGCUGUCAAUCUACUUGGUGGCAGUGAAAAAGCUACUCCCAAGGGUGUGUUAAAGCUAAUGAAGGCAGACAAUUUGACCAUUUAUCAUGUUAAAAGUCACCUUCAGAAAUACAGAACAGCUCGAUACAGACCAGAAUUGUCUGAAGGUUCUUCAGAAAAGAAGGCAGCCUCAAAAGAGGACAUACCAUCAAUAGAUCUGAAAGGAGGGAACUUUGAUCUCACUGAGGCAUUGCGUCUCCAGUUAGAACUCCAAAAGAGGCUUCAUGAACAGCUUGAGAUCCAAAGAAGUUUGCAGCUGAGAAUUGAGGAGCAAGGGAAGUGCCUUCAGAUGAUGCUCGAGCAGCAGUGCAUACCUGGGACAGACAAGGCGGUGGAUGCUUCAACCUCAGCAGAAGGAACAAAGCCAUCUUCUGAUCUUCCAGAAUCUUCUGCCGUGAAGGAUGUUCCAGAGAACAGUCAGAACGGAAUAGCCAAACAAACAGAAUCAGGUGACAGAUAAUGAGGAUGUGAUGAGGGUCUCUCCAAGAUGUGGACCCAAGUGGCCAUUGAAUGGGCUCGAUGGCUAUCUGACUGAUGUUUGGCAAAGCUAAAAUUAAAUCGUUUUUGCCUUUUCACGGGGAACAGAACAUUGUUGUGAACAGCAUAUCAAAGCUUGCCCCAGCGCUUGUAGCUAGACUUUAGUUGUACAGUACCCCAAACACGGCAGCGACGAUUCCGUGUUAAUGGGAUGAUCUUUAGGUUUCAGAAGGCAGCACAAGCAAAUUUGCACUGAUGUACUCUUUGUCAGGUGGUUUGACUUCUUGCUUUCUUUGUUGUUAGGGACUGGAUAGCAUGGAUUAGGAAUUUGAUUAUGAUGAACUAAUUCAAGAAAUUGCCAUAAUCUUUGGUACCUUGUGCGCCUGGAACAUGUAAAUGGUACCAAACAACAAUAUGAUAUGUUUACCUUCAUGUUCUAUUUGGCUUAA